AUGAUGCAAAUGUCAAUAAUACUGAUGGUUUUGUAUUUUAGAAUGAGUGAAUCUUUAACAGUAAGUAUAAAUAUUUGUUAAUGCUCUUCUAUUUAAACUGCUUAUGAUUGUAACUAAUUGAGUACAUGUGAAUGGGAUUUAACUUCCAAGAGUUGUAUUUAAGCUAAAUUAGUUGCUUAUUCCUCCACUCUUUGUUCUUCUAUUAUAGAUGGAAUUAGAUGUGCUAAAUAAAGAGGAUGUGCUUUUUUAGAUAAAAAAUGUGUAGUAUUUAGUAAUUGCUAAUCAUAUAUUGCAACAUCAAAUGUAGAAUGUUAAAAGUAUUCAAUGUAAUGUAAUUGGUCUAUUGUUAAUUAAUAUUGCACAGAUUAAAGUGUUUGUAAUGAAUAUAUAGGUGAAGAUAAAUAAUCAGGUUGUGAAUCUGCUAAAUAAUUAAAUGGGGAAGGCUUAUGUAUUUAUAACACAUAAACUAAAUAAUGCAAAGAAAAGGAAUGUAAAGAUUAUCCUAAGAAAACAGAUGAAGACUGUAGUAAAGUGCUUUUAAAUUAAGUUUGUAUAACUGAUAAAAAAACAUGUGUGAAGGAACUUGGUAAUUGUGAAUCUUAUAAUAUUGAGGAUUGUCUAAAUAUCUUAUCUAAAAAUGGAGAGUGUGAAAUCAAUAAUAAUACUAAUAAGUGUCAACCCAGAACUUGUAAAUUGGCUCCUGAUGCGUCAUCAGAUGAUGCAUGCAAAAAGUAUAAAUCAACAUGUUUAUCUAAUAAACUAAAAUGUGUUGACUAAUUGAAUUCUUGUUCAACUUAUUCAAUUGAUGAAUGUUUAAGUUUAAAAGGAAAUAAAGGAGAUUGUUAAUUAAAUUUAGAUAAUUCAUUAUGUAAAGAUCCUGCAUGUGAAGAUUUUAAAGGGUCAACAGAUGAUGAAUGUAAAAAAGCUAGUCCAAAUUUAUAAUGCAUAUCCAAUGGAUUUUAAUGUGUUUCAAUAUUAGCAGAUACUUGUAAUAAAGUGAAAAUUCUAGAGAACUCAACUUGUGAUCAAUAUAUAAGUAAAGAAGGUUAGUGUAAACCAGAAACUGAAGGGUCUAAGAUAUGUGUAUUAGAUCCAUGUUAAAAUCAUGAAUUUGACUCAGAUUAAUAAUGCAAUAAGUAUUCAUCUAAAGACAAAAUUUCACCAAAAUUAUGCAUAUCAAAUGGUGUUAAAUGUACAACUUAAUUAUAACCAUGCAGUAAUUAUAAAAAGUCUGAUGGAUGCUUUAAAUAUAAAGGAUAAGAUGGAAAAUGCUUAGAUACUGAAACUUUAGAUAUAUGCCAACCAACUCCUUGUGAAUAUAUUGAAUAACCAAGUCUAACAAAUUGUAUCUAAACAAAUCCUAGUUGUUAAUUUGAUGGAUAGAAUUGUGUUAAAUCAUUAAAAUAAUGUGAUUAAUAUGCAACCAAAUGUGAUACUAUUAUUACAAUUAAUUAAAAACCUUGUAUUGAAGAUCCAACUAAUCCUGAAAAAUGCAUAGAAAAAACCUGCAGUACUGCUCCAUCUACUACAAAAACAGAUGAAGAUUGUGAAGCAUACUUAUCAACAUGUUUAACUAAUGGUUAAGGUUGUACUGAUAAAUUAUAAACUUGUGAUUCUUAUACUGGUAGCUUUUAAUAGUGUGAAAAAUUAAUUGGAUUAGAUGGUAAAUGUACUGGAACAAGUAAGACUCAAACUAGUGAUAAAUGUAUUGCUAAAACUUGUCAAGAAUCUAGUACAGCUAAUGAAUAAGCAUGUAAAGCUUAUACCAAAAAUUGUUUAUUUAAUAGUAUAUUGAAUAAAUGUUAACCUUCAAUUUAGUCAUGUAAAUCAAUUGAUAAUUAAAUGACUUGUGAAUAAACUUUGACUACUGAAUAAGGUAGAUUCUGUUUAUGGAUUAAUGAAAUUUGUGUUACAGCCUCUUGCAAUAUGAUUGAAACAUAAGGAAGCCAAGAUAUAUGUAAUACUUUUGGAGAAAAUUGUCAAUAUGAUAAUCUUAGUGGUUGUAAAGAUAAAACAUCUUAUCAAUGUUAAUCACUUAGAUCUAGAAUUACAUGUACUACAGAUUCAUCUGGGAAUGCUUGUAUUUGGGAUUAAAUUUAGAAAAAGUGCAUCAAAUUUAAUAAAUGUGAAGAUUUCUUAUUGGUAAUCAAAAAAGAUAAUGAUGGGAAUAUUAUACCAAAAAAUAAUAUAGAAAUUGCUUCAGAUAAUCUUAUUUGUUCUAGUAUAAGUGAUAAAUGUUAUUCAGAUGGAAGUGAGAUAUGUAAGCAUAAAUUACCUUGUCAAUAGUUUACUUAAGAAAAUUGUAAUUAAUAAUUUGGAAUUGAUGAUAAAAUAUGUGGUUACAAUGCUAUUAAAUAAAUAUGUUAAACAUUUGGUACAUGUGGAGAUUUAUAACUUAAAACACAUGUAGAAUGUUAAGCAUACAAUAUAAAAUGUACUACUAAUAAAGAAACUUGUGUAGAAAAAAUUUAAUGCAAUUUGAUUAAAGAUUAAGAUUCUUGUGAUGCUGGAGGUACUGAUGGAAGAUGUUUCUGGGAUAAUACAAUAUGUUCUCCUUGGAAAUGUUAAAAUGCCAUAUUAACCACUCAUUAAGAAUGCUAAAAAGAAUCAUCUAAAUGUACAACUAAUGGAAUUAAUUGUAUUGAUUUAUAAGAAUGUAAUAAAUAUGAAAAUGCAGGUUGUGUAAUAGGAGUUGAUAAUACUACUUGUUUUUAUGAUACUUUGACAAAUAAAUGCAGAAUAAAGAUUUGUACUGAUUAUACUGGCAUAACAGAAUAAAGAGAGUGUUAAGUUAUUGGUUGUGCUUAUGAUUCUGCUAAUUCAGCUUGUAUUAAUUUUAACAGUUGUAAUAAUUAUUCAAACUAAUUUUUAUGUAAUGACAAUGUUUCUAAAGAAAAUUCUACUUGUAUUUGGUAAGAAGAAAUAAAUAGUACUUCUAUUUGUUAAUAAAUGAAUUCUUGUAGUUAAGCAAAUUUAAAUGAAAAAAAUUGUAAGAAUUUUGGUUGUGCAUAUGUACCAGAAGCAUUAAUUAAUGGAACAAUUUAAAAUUCUGAAUGCAAUUAAAUGGAUUGUUCAUCAUUAAAUCCAAAUAGCAAUAGUGACAUUGGAUGUAAACCUGUCAUUAAUACUAUAAAUAAAUAGAUAACAUUAUGUGCUUGGAGUUCCAAAAUGAAUAAAUGCAUAGAAAGUACAGACUUAAGUGUUUACAAUCAAAAUAAUUGUUUUACAUUAACACAAUAUAAUUAUUACUGGAAUCCAACCACUUCCUAAUGUGUUUCAUGUACUAAAAUAGAAAAACCUUAAAAUUCUUCUAAAGGCAACGAUACUCCUAAUACAACCACAUAAAAUUCGUUUGGAAUAGGUCUUUUCUAAUAGUUUGCUCUCUUAAUAAUUGUAUGUUUCUAACUAUUUUGA